GUGACGACGGAAAAGGUUCAACUUCAGCGGAUCAUCCAAGAUGCUCGUGGUCAAGCCAUCGACGCUGGCGGCGGCGGCGACGCUAGCCGUCGUGUCGGCCUCCAUUGCCUAUGUGCUGUGGAAGCAACGUCGGCACGAGAAUGCCUCAUCCAAAGCUCAAUCUCGCAAAGCGUCGACUGGGUGCUGCACCAACAACACGACUGAGACGUCCACAGGAUGCUGUCAGAAUAACAGCAGUGGCCACAACGGCGACGACGCUGAAGAGAGCAACAAACCUGUUGCAGUGCGCAUCUUGUACGGGACGCACACGGGCACGGCCAAAGGAUAUGCCGUGGCAUUGCAAAAAAAGCUGUUUGCACUCAAUGUAGCCGGGUAUGCGUUCGAGCCGUCCGUCGUGGACAUGAAGGAUUACGACCAAGACAACUUGGAACAUGAGCAGGUGCUGAUCGCGAUCUUGUCAACGUGGACGGGCGGUGUUCCACCCGAAUCGGCGAUGGUAUUUUGCAAUUGGGUGCAGGACAUGGCGCAGGACUUUCGUGUGUCCAAGACAUGGCUCAAGCACGUCCAUGUGGCUGUGUACGGACUGGGUAAUUCGGAAUACGACGAAAACUUUGGCAAGGCAUCCAAGGCAUUGAGCAAGCACUUCAGCACUCUCGGUGCCUCGCGCCUGUGCCCUCGCGGUGUCGGCGACGACAACCACGACCAGACCGCGCAGUUUGACACAUGGAGCGACCACUUGAUUGCGUCUUUGUGCGAGCAGUACGUCAUUUUGCAAAAGCCUGCGACGGCCGACGCGGAUGCACGCAACAGCAAGGUGGCGGGGUGGAAGUCGCAGAACGAAUUCCGCCGUCAAAAGCGCAAGGAGAAAGCAGCGGCGAACGGCGAAGACAACGAAGAAGCCAUGUGGACUGCGGAAGAUCAAAUGAACGAGAUUGUGCUCGAGUUGGACCAGGGCGACGAUAGCGACGAGGACGGUCCUUCACGACGCACCAAGGGCAACGGGGUCGUCGACGUUGAAGACAUUGGCGUCGUGAUGAAGGAGUCGGAAGCAGCCGCGUUGUCGCGAGAAAUGGUCACGCCGUUACAGCGCAAAGCCUUGACAAAGGAAGGGUACAAGAUCAUCGGGACCCACAGUGCGGUCAAACUAUGCCGCUGGACCAAGCAUCAGCUGCGAGGGCGCGGUGGAUGUUACAAGCACACGUUCUACGGGAUCACGAGCUACCAGUGCAUGGAGACAACGCCAUCUCUCGCGUGUGCAAACAAGUGCGUGUUCUGCUGGCGUCACCACAAAAAUCCAGUUGGCCGCGAGUGGCGGUGGAAGACGGACGACGCGAAGGAGCUCGUGGAAGGCGCAAUCUCUCGCCAUCAAACGAUGAUUAAGGAAGUCAAGGGGCUACCUGGUUUAAUCCAGAGCCGGUGGGAGGAAGCGUUUACGGUCCGGCACUGCGCACUCAGUUUGGUCGGCGAACCGAUUAUGUACCCGCACAUCAAUGAGUUUUGCCGCGAGCUGCAUGCCCGUCAAAUCAGUUCGUUCUUGGUCACGAAUGCGCAGUUCCCCGAGAAAAUUGCCGCGCUCGAACCCAUCACGCAACUUUAUGUGAGUGUCGACGCCGCCACCAAGGACUCGCUCAAGGCGAUCGAUCGCCCGUUGUUUAAAGAUUUCUGGGAGCGAUUCCUUAGCUGCCUGACCCAGCUCAAAGCCAAGGGCCAGCGCACGGUGUAUCGCAUGACGUUGGUCAAGGAGCACAACAUGAAAGAGAUCGACAACUACGUCGAACUCAUCCACAUGGGCGAGCCAGAUUUGAUCGAAAUCAAAGCUGUCACGUACUGCGGCAAGAGCGACGCGUCCGACUUGACCAUGCAAAACGUGCCGUACCACCAAGAAGUGCGCGACUUUUGCGAACUCCUGUGCGCCAAACUCGGCUGCGGGUAUGCGCUCGCAACCGAACACGCCCACUCGAACUGCGUCCUGAUCGCCAAAACGGCCUUCAAGAUCGAUGGUCAGUGGCACACAUGGAUUGACUACGACAAGUUCCACUCGCUCAUCCAAGCGUACUACAAGGACGGCACGCCGUUCACGACGAUGGAUUACAUCGCGCCGACGCCGGCGUGGGCCGUGUACAACGCCCCGGAAGCAGGAUUUGACCCGAUCGAGACGCGCUUUCGGCGUACGAAGGAAGGCAAAGUCGUCGAAAUCGAGUACACUGCAACCGAUUCGGGCUGUGGUUAGAGUGCUUGGAUGAGUUGUCUGUCACGGCAAGACCCCCACACGGGGGCGGUGACGUCGCCAGAACGAUGGGAUUGAGAUUUUGUACGCUGAUUUGACGAGUAUGUUCAGUAACUGGGGUCGCAUUUGGGCUCAUUACGCAAGCACUCGAAAGAAGAACUGAGUC